UUGCCUUUUUUCUGUAACUCGGGACUUUACUAGGAUUUGUUAAAUUUGUUGCUGUAACUUGCAUUUGUUGCUGAAUUUGUUGCUUCCCAAUCACAGAAUCAGAACAGAAUGCUCAGUCAGUGUUUGAUUGAUUGGCUUUGCUCACCGAUUGUAUUUGCUGAUAAAUUUUAAAUUGAUAACUUUUAAAUUUUAAAUUUGCACUGCCUAUGUUUAACAUUUAAACUCUCAGCUUCUCAGCCCUGUUUGAUUCUUCAUCUCAGGCAAUUGAAUCGAAUCAACCAGGCCUUCCUUUUCUUUUUCUUUUAGUUGAUUCUUAAUUUUUCUAAUAUAUGUAACUUUCUGAAUCAAGUGGAUCAGAUUAUGUAGUUUUCUUGAUUUGGGAUAUUUUCGAAGAUGCAUUAGAAGAGCUAUUUUAUUAUUAUGUUUGCUAUAAUAAUAUUCACAUGUUCUGUAUGCUUGUGAUUGUUUUGGUGUUUACAUUUUCUUUCCAAGUCACUUGCUGUGGUUGUUCUCUGGGUUAAGGCUUUGUAUGUGUGUGUGAGAAUAUGUGAUAAUGUUGAAUGCUGUUGCAUCUAAUAGGAGUUCUUGGAGUACCCUCAUCUUUGGUCCUUUAUAAUUUAUUUAUUAUUUUAUUCUAGAACGGUUUUUCGGUUGAACCAUCGGUUGGACCGGUUAGACCAAUAAACCAGUAAACCAGUUACUAAAGUGGUUUGAUGACCGGUCCGGUUUUCAGAGACGACGACGUAUUUCAGCGAAAGAUCACCGUUGCGUUCGAUUGUUGCAGUGUCAGUGAGGGAUCAUGGGGUUUCGAAGUUCGCUGCCAUUUUCCGGGCUAAUAAGACAGCUUGAACAAGAGAUGGAAACUGUGAUUAAAGUAUUGCAGCCUGGACCCUUGGGAAUCAUAGAGCAUAAGUUUUCUGCUGAGGAGAUUCGUAAGGCUAAUGAUACUGUCUCUAAGGCUGUGGCCAAUUGGCGAACCAAUGCAAAUUUGCAUCAGAAAAAUCAACUUUUGAAAGACUAUAUUCAGAAGUGAAACAACUUCAAAGUGCAGGCAUAUUUUGGCUCUUACAUGUGAGGAUAGUUUUAUUUUAGAUCCUCUAAACGUUUUUUGAGUUUUGCAAAUUCCUUUCUGUACUUAUUUAUGAUGUUGUAUUAAACAUGUGAACUUUGGUACACAUAGCAUUAGUUAUUGAAUCAUGUUGACUAUUUCACUAUAAUGAAGAUCUUUAGUGAAUGAGGAGUGAGGUUAGUCGUUUUUCUUG